UCUGGCACCUCUGCGUCAAGUUAUAGUUACUUCGCGUUUGUCGGGCUCGCUGUGAAAGUGUUUGGUGAAAAUUGGAUACGUGGUUUCGAAACGAUGGUGGCCGAGGAAAAACCCACAGAGUCAUUGAAAGAAAAUCAAGUUAAUGACGCCACGAUACCGAAGGGACAAAAGUCGUAUUCGCUAGAAAUUUUAAAAAUAAUAAAGGAAGCACAGCAGCAACAUGGGUUGAGACACGGGGAUUACCAGCGGUACCGUGGAUACUGCUCCAGGAGAUUAAGGCGCUUAAGAAAAGUCUUAAAAAUUCCACAAGGAGACAGGCGUCAUUUUAAGAGGAAAGACAUAAUGCCUGUAAUGGUUAACGACGAUAAAUUCUUACAAGUUCCAUUGGUAAUGGCCGAACGUGCAUGGAGUUACGCGAUGCAAUUGCGUCAAGAGUCUAAUACAGAACCGAGAAAAAAGUUUCAUUUGAUAUCUAGACUGAGAAAAGCUGCUAUGUACUCUCUACAGUUACAAGAAUUAAUAGAGAAUGUCAAUUGCGACGCGAGAACUAAACUGGAGGCUCAAGCGUACGUGGCCUGGAUUCACGGUUCCUUACAUUUUGAGUUACAACUAUGGAAGAAAGCGAUGGAGAAUCUGAAAAAGGCCCAAGUUGUAUAUGGAAAGCUGGCCUCUGCACUGCCGGAAUCCGAACAAAUAAUGUACAACACGCGAGUCGAGGAGCUUGCUCCUAGCCUUAGAUAUUGUGCCUAUAAUAUUGGUGAUACCACUGCCAUAGAUGACUUGAUGCAAAUGAGGGGUCAGUUGAGCAGCGAGCUGUUGGCCAGCUUAGACUCGCUGAUAGCGCAAACGCGAGAAAAGCAGGCGAAUACGGAGGAGGUGACCUGGCGCGGCAAGUCGUGCGGUAUGGUGCCGCCAAGAGCCGCCGGCCUUCUAAUCGCGGACUCGAGAUUGAAUCAAACGUUAGAGAAAGCAGCCACGAAUCAAGCUAAAAUCGAUCUGUUGGAGGCACAUCUGAUAGACUGCAAAGACGCGAUCUCGGCUGUACGGGAUUUUUUCAAGACCGAGCUCAAAAACAAAGACAACGACAAACUCACACCUUCUCAACAUUUAAUUACCUAUCUGCAAUAUAUCAGGUUGUCGCGUACCCUUGAGAGAAACCUGGCGUUGAUCAAAGUGGCGGAAGAGUCUGCCAAGGCGAAACCGCAAGAUAUCGUUAGACUGUACGAGGCAGCUCUCCACAACCUCGUCGAAAUCUCGCAGUUGCAAGACGACGAAGAGUUUGUGCACGAGCAGGAAGCUAAGACCAAGGUCUAUAGAGCCUUUAAAUGUUACUAUUUGGCCCAAUCGCUGGCCAACCUCCAUCGGUGGCGAGAAGCGAUGGCUCUGUAUCAAAGGUCUGCGCAAUAUGUAAAGGAUGCGCUCGAGUACGGGAAAAUGCUUCCAGAAUCGUUGAGGGAAUCCCUCCACAAGCUUGAGAUUUCCAUAGAGGGUGCCAAGUACGCGGCGCAUGCGCACAGCGUGUUAGAAGAGGGACAAGAAGAAGAGCCGGGAACCAAUAAGUACACUAAAACGAAGAAACCUUUGUACGAACGUCUGCACGAAUACAGAGAGGAUCCUGCGCUUCUCACGAAGCAACCUAAUGUCUAUAAAUUACCACCAUCUACACAGCCUAUCCCUUGCAAACCGCUCUUCUUCGAUCUGGCCUUCAACAUGGUCGAGUUUCCGGAUUUGAGCGAGAAACUCGGUGAUCAGUCUAAGGAUGGUGGCCAAGCUGGUCUUACAGGAUUCGUUAAAGGUUUAUGGGGUUGGGGAAAUAAAUAAAACAAGGACAUCGUAACCAUAAGGCACUGGACUCUGAAUAUUAUCGUACAUUCCGCGAUAAUGUAUUUUUACCGGUACUUAAACACCUCAACGGAAAUCAAGUUUUCACUUAUAUCACUUGUAUAAUUCGCUUAUAUAAUAUUGAGU